AAUCGCAACCUUAUCCUCUGUUGCGGCACCUUGAGCUACUCCAAUGGCGUCCACGGUGCAUGCCUUCCCAUCUCCGGCGCUUCUCCAUCUAUCUCGCAAGAAGGGUCGGUUCCUCACUGUACUCUCCUGCUCUUCAAGCUCAACCCCAGAACCCAGCGACAUGCCGGACAUUCCCCCACUCCCCACUCCCAUCUCUACCACCGGAACCGACCUGGAGAGGCGCCGGCCCUCCACCAUCUUCCGAGACCCACUCCGUCCUCCGGCGAAGCUCCCGGAUCCUCCCAACUUUCAGAUCGGAUGGAAGCGCACGAAAGAGAUCAAGACGGAGAAGCCAAAGGGUUGGGUGAUUGCGGACUUUUUAGAGAAGCUGGAGAUGUUAAUGGGGAGGGAUUUUGGUUCAAAGGAGUUAUUGGCUAAGGUCGGUUACAUCGCCGCCGAGAGGGCGAGGGAGGAGGCCGAGAUUCUGAAAGCCGGCGGUGAGGUUGAGGACCGGAUGGUCACUGAGCUUCAUAGGGUUUUGAGGUUGAUGGAGAUGGACCUGGAGAUGGUGAAGGCUGCUGUGAAAGAGGAAACGCUCGCCGAGCGUCUUGAACAAGCCAAAGCUCGCUGCCGCCAGGCCAUUCUCGUCGCCCUCUCUUUCUAACAGUGAGAUAGGUAUCUUCGCUCGAGGUUCAGUGGGAUUUAUAGAGAGGGUGUUGUUUGUAACGAUGCUGGAGACAAGAGUACACAAAGUAGUGAAGCUUGAUGGAUGGGAGGAGAUGACGAUGCCAAAAGGCAAGCUCACCGGAAAGGAGGACAUUGACUUGAGGGGUGAAAAGGGGGGUGCUCGGAAUAGAAAGGUUUUGGGGAACCUGAAAUUGCUAGUCGAGAUUAGGACGGGUGAAGAAGACUCUUGGCUGAGCUAACACUAUCCUCAUAUACCCAUAUAUAUA